AUGUUGAGAUUAGUUGGAAUCAGUCAAAGGGCACCCAUCAGGUUGGGAAUACCGGCGAUAAGAACUUUCCAAAGUUCGACCAGAGCAUAUGAUGACAAGCCACAGUCGCCAUUAAAGGUAUUUUUUGACACUUUCAAGUCAGAAGUCAAGAAAUCAAGUGAACUUCAGCAAAAUAUCAAGGCACUUCAAGAUGAGACCGGUCGGGUUGCCGAUUCCGAUGCGUUCAAAAAAGCUAAAGAGGCGUUCGACAAGGCCCAAAAGGGUAGUUCUGCCGCAGGAAAAGUUGCAAGAAAGACAGCAGAGGCUGUUGGAGAAGUGGCUGUGAAAGCAUGGGAUUCUCCAGUCGGUAAAGGUGUUCGUACAACCGUGCGGACCAGUGCCGAUGUAGCUGACCGAGCAUUCGAGCCUGUCAGAAAGACACAAGUGUAUAAAGAUAUGUCUGAUGUGAUUGACGAUGGGUCCAGUACGUCGUAUGGAGGAUUUUUGACGAAAGAACAGAGAGAAAAAUUGAGAAAGAGAGAGUUGGAGAUGAGACAAAAGCAGGGUGGAUGGAAACCAGUCAAGGAGAACUUGGAAGCUGGAGGAGAGCUCGUGGCCACGGAACAUAAAGCCAGUGGACCCAAAUUUUCCGAAAGAUUUGAAAAGUUGCAACGAACUCCAAUUGGUAAAGUAUUCUUGUACAUCAGAGAAAAAUGGGAAGAAUCCGAAAACGGGUUGAUUGCACUCAUCAGAACCGUGGUGGAGAAAAUCACCGGUUUUUUUGCCGAAACAGAGCAAGCCAAGGUUAUUAAGCAGCUUCGUCAAAUCGAUCCCAGCUUCCGCAUUACAGACUUUACCAGAACUUUGACCAACUACAUUGUUCCUGAGCUCUUGGACGCAUACAUUAAGAACGACGAUAAAGUCCUCAAGCAAUGGCUUAGCGAAGCACCAUUUAAUGUAUGGCAAGCCAAUAAUAAGCAGUUUGUCCAACAAGGACUCUUCUCCGAUGGUCGCAUUUUGGACAUUCGUGGAGUUGACAUUGUUACCUGCAAAAUGCUUCAACCUAAUGAGAUUCCUGUUGUGGUGGUGAGCUGCCGUGCCCAGGAAAUCCAUCUUUUCCGUAAGGCCAAAACUGGAGAAGUUGCAGCCGGAACUGAAGACCACAUUCAAUUGAGCACUUACGCCAUGGUGUUCACGAGAAUACCCGAAGAAUUGGACAACAGCGUCACCGAAGGCUGGAAAGUGUUGGAAUUUGCCAGAGGAGGCUCCAGACCCUUCCAUUGA